CCAACAGAUUACCCACCACCAUGGCCGAGGGGAAGCAGCACCACCACCUCUUCCACCGCAAGAACGACGACGAGGACGCUGCCUACUCCGAGACGGCCCCCAACUACGGUAGUGGUGUCACCGGGGGCGGCUACAAUGAGACAGGCGGCACCUACGGUAGCGGUGGUGGGGGCGGCUACAACGACACGGCCGGCACCUACGGUAGUGGCAGGGGCAGCUACAACGACACGGGGGGUAACUACGGUAGCGGCGGGGGUGGCUACAACGAGACUGGCGGGCAACUACGGUAGUAGUGGCGGGGGCGGCUACAACAAGACGGCCGGCACCUAUGGUAGUAGCGGCGGGGGCGGCUACAAAGAGACGGCCCCCACCUACGGUAGCGGGGGCGGCUACAAUGAGGCCAACCAGGUGACCGGGAUGGGUUCGGACCUGGGGGGCACCGAUUACCGGAAGGAGGAGAAGCACCACAAGCACCUCGAGGAGCUCGGCGAACUCGGCGCCACGGCUGCCGGCGCUUACGCCCUGCACGAGAAGCACCGGGCGGAGAACGACCCCGACCACGCCCGCAGGCACAGGAUGGAGGAGGAAAUAGGGGCCGCGGCGGCCGUCGGAGGGGGCGGCUACGCUUUCCACGAGCAUCACGAGAAGAAGGAGACGGAGAGGGAAGAGGAGGAGGCUCAUGGAAGGAAGCACCACCACCUCUUCUGAUUCAACGUCAAAAUCUUUAUAUGUCGAUCGUCAGUAUGAUGUGUUCAUCAUCGGCGUGAAGAGGCUGGUCUGGUCUGUCCUCCUAAGUUAAAAUAAUACUUUUUUAUUUUUUAAUGUUGCAUGCACUUUUUCCUUACGAGUGUCGCGAGUUGUGGCACUAACGUAUUAAUAUGUUGUUGUUUGGUCGCUGGCUCUUAUGAUCAAGUCAGCUAUGUUUUAAUGAAAUCCAUGGAGUUUUCUUUCUC